GCCAGUAAUGCAUAAGAAUGUCCUGUAUAACUGCAGAGUUAUCUUUCUAAAUAAAAAAAUUUUAUUAAUCCGUCCAAAGAUAGACCUCUGCAAUUCUGGCAACUACAGGGAACUACGAUGGUUCAAAGGAUGGGCAAAAAAACGUGUGGUUGAAGAUUAUUAUCUGCCUAGAAUGAUUACAAAAAUUACUGGACAGAGAACUGUAUCAUUUGGUGAUGGUGUCAUAUCAACAUUGGAUACUUGCAUUGGUAGUGAAAUAUGUGAGGAACUAUGGACAUCAGACAGUCCACAUGUUCAUAUGAGUUUAGAUGGUGUGGAAAUAUUUACCAAUGCAAGCGGGAGUCAUCAUGAGUUACGCAAAGCUUAUCAGAAGGUUGACCUAAUUAAAUCAGCCAUGGAGAAGUGUGGUGGUAUCUAUAUGUUCUCCAAUCUACGUGGCUGUGAUGGAGAGAGAGUCUACUAUGAUGGGGGCUCUAUGAUUUGUCUUAAUGGCAAGAUAGCUGUUCAGGGAGAACAGUUUUCAUUGAAUAAUGUGGAAGUUUACACGGCAGUUUUAGAUUUGGAGGAUAUUCGAACAUUCCGUGGCGAGUUUUCAAGCCGCUCUAUGCAGGCAACUACUGCACAAGCAUAUCCCAGAAUUCAAGUUGACUUUUCCCUGUCACUUGAUGAUGAUAUUGCAAUCCCCUGCUUUCAACCAAUCGAAUGGCAAUACCACACAGUACCUGAAGAGAUUGCACUUGGUCCAGCAUGCUGGCUUUGGGACUACCUAAGACGCAGUGGACAGGGUGGAUUUUUUCUUCCAUUAAGUGGUGGUAUUGAUAGUUCGUCUACAGCAUGUCUUGUGUCAUCAAUGUGUCAUUUGGUGUGUGAUGCCAUCUCUAAUGGAAAUACAGAUGUGUUAUCUGACGUACGCAGAAUAGUCAGUGAUAAAACAUAUACACCAAGAGAUCCCAAAGACUUGGCUUGCAAACUGUUUACAACAUGUUACAUGGGAACAGUGAAUUCAUCUGAAGAAACAAAGGAAAAUGCCAAGAGAUUGGCUGCUGAUAUUGGCAGUUACCAUUUGAGCAUCAAUAUUGAUCCUGCUGUGUCUGCAUCCGUUGGAAUAUUCACCACGGCAACAGGUAAAACUCCAAAGUUCAAAGUGCAUGGAGGCAGUGUUCGUGAAAACCUUGCUUUGCAGAAUAUACAGGCUCGUACAAGAAUGGUUCUAUCUUACCAGUUUGCCCAGUUAUCACUAUGGUCACGUGGAUUAAGUGGAGGACUACUAGUACUAGGAUCUGCUAAUGUUGAUGAAAGCUUGAGAGGUUAUCUCACUAAAUAUGAUUGUUCCAGCGCUGAUAUCAAUCCUAUUGGUGGGAUUAGUAAAACUGAUCUCAAGAAAUUCAUCUUGUAUGCAAAAGAAAAAUACAACCUGCCUUCACUUGACAAAAUCAUCCAAGCACCACCAACUGCAGAACUAGAACCCUUAACUGCAGGGAAAAUAGCACAGACAGAUGAGGCAGACAUGGGUAUGACUUAUGAUCAACUAUCAGUCUUUGGAAGACUUCGUAAAAUGUCCAAAUGCGGUCCUUACUCAAUGUUUUGCAAGUUGAUACAUCAAUGGAGGGACGUAUACUCUCCAAGGCAGGUGGCAGAAAAAGUGAAGCAUUUUUUCCGUACAUACUCCAUCAACCGACAUAAGAUGACAACACUGACCCCAUCAUAUCAUGCUGAAUCCUACAGUCCUGAUGAUAAUAGAUUUGAUCUACGUCAGUUUCUGUACAAUGCAAAAUGGCCCUGGCAAUUCCGUAGUAUUGAUGAGCAGGUGAAAACACUUGAGGAGAAAGAUAAAGGAAACAGUCUCCAUGGUAACACUGGGUCGUCUAAAAGGAAAGAUGCAGAUUAUAGCGGAAUGUUUGGUGGUCCUAAAAAAGAGCAGAAAGCAAGAAGAGCUUUCUUCACUGACAAAGCGCCGGAUGAGACAGAUGCUGGAGUAUUGGUUGCUAUGGAAACUGAAACCUCUUCGAGAAAUUUCUCAAUUUGCACUGAUGCGUCCAUUGUCAGUGUUAAGUAUGAAGAUGCAGGAUGUGUUGUCAUGACACCAACAUCUGUCAGAGACGAGAUUGAGAUUUUAAAACAUGACCGGCAAGGUUCUACCAGAUCUGAACCAGGAUUCAAAGGAAGAAAGCGAUGUGCCAGUGUCAUUGGUGAGGAUUCAGGAAUGACUGAGACCCUAAAAGCUCUUGCCUCAGUCAAGAAACGUAGAAGUUCAAUAUCUGGGCUCAAGCGAUCUUUGAGUACUAGCGCUACCAGCAGUAGGGUCUCUGGAUCGGGUGGUGCAUGGUGGAAGCCCUGGACAUGGAAAACUCCGACCAAAGGUAGCAAGGGACACAUUACCCCAACCUAUGUCUGAUAGUUUAAUAUAAUUGCCAUGAAUUGAGCUACUUAAUACCCAAAUAACAUUAAAAUAAUUCCAAAAAUGUAUAUUUAUUGUAUAUAAAUUUCAGUAAAUUUAUCAUAGUUAGUCUCUGGUGCCUUUUUAAAAAUCAUUUGGGUACAGUGUAUUGGUUGGAGGGGUUCUUGUGUGUUUCACACUCUAGGCAAUUUCGCAGACAGUGUUUUUAAAUGCCUAUUAUGUACCAAGCAAAAUGCUCACCAUCCAGUAUUCGUUUUUGAACUAUUGCCACCA